AUGGGGCUUUUAGCACGAUUAGGGAGCUUAGUGCUAGGAGAUCCUGAGGAAGAAACAGAGCAAGAGCAUCAGCUGCGGCGCCGGAAUCGUGCCAAGCGCCAGCUACAGGCCAAGAGUCAACGCAGCAUCAUUCUUGAAGAUCUCGAGAAUGCUGUGCAUGGAUUGCAGCUUUAUAUAAACACAAAGACGAGUAAUAGCAACAAUAUAGCUGGCACUUGUCGCAGUAGCUCUAUGAACGACAAACAAGACACAUCGGCAUUACUUAGUGGCACCAACGAUAGCCCAAAAGCUGCAAUGAUGAAGAGCAUGGACGAUGUGCGAGAGUUGCUGCUGAAUGACGAGCUGGCGGUGGUCAACUUGCUAUGUACUCAAAUAGAUCGCUGCAUUUCCCACGGACUGCGUUUGCUGGAAGCAGACGAUGGAAAUCCUGAUGCCACAGUGAAAUCGUUUGGUGUUGUUAAGUGGACUUGUACUCGAAUGGAAGUGAUUCGUCAAAAGCAAAUGAUUGAAGCGAUGCAUCGCGCGUCCGCUAGUGCUUCAAGUGGGAAAAUAGUGUCCGCAAAGAAUCAAGUAUGCGAGGUUGUAACUUCCAGUGUCGAUGUGGAGCUCCCACGUCACGUACGCGGUCUUUUUGGUGCCACUCGUUCAGCUAUUGGCCUUACUAAUGUCAACACAGAUGAAGGUAAAACACGAGCGUUCAUUCGUCAAGCACUUAACACGCACGUGUUACGCUCAAGUCUUAGUAUGGUGCUUUCGGAAACGAAUCUUGACCUCUUAUCAUCGUACUAUACUGAGGAUGCUCUCUUUCGUCAACGUGACGAAAUCAAGGUGUUUCUGAAUCUCCUUGCAGGAUUGGACGACCUCCCUUUCGCCUUUUUAAUUGACGACCCGCGGCUAGAUCUUGCGCCCGAAACGCUGCCAUUCUCACGUCCUUUACCUCGUUUAAGGACUCACAAGAUAAAAAAGGAAGCACCGAAACUUAUUGACCCGGAGGAUAUGGUAAAUGGUCGUGUCCGUCUAUGUCAGGCUGACGACGAGACAGAAUUGUUGGCUCAAAAGCUCGUUUCGCACCACGAAUUACGUCUAGCGUUUAAUACGCGCAAAGGUGGCAAUCCAUUGUCGGAUACACUGAGAAAAGCAGCUCAGUCUCAGAAGAUGGAGGAUGCCGCAAUCGCUGUACUUCGGUUCCUGGAGCUAGGAUAUCCUGAGUACAAUGUGUUUGGAACCGACUUGCUUGAUGUAUUGUGCAAUCCGUUUUUAAGCAGUAUGGCUCGCUUUGAGACUGCACUUGGCCUUCCGGAUGUCGUCGAAGCGUGUUUUUGUUAUCUCUAUGAGCAUGUGGAUUCUCCUGGCCUCUUUCAAGCACACUUGCAAGCCGACCAUGUUAUGGAACUACGCGACACGAUUGAGGAACUUGGCGGUUUUCAUCGUAAAAUGGCUGUCGACCCUCAUGAAGUGGUGGCAAUUCUGCUCCAGUAUUUAUGGGAAUUGCCCGAUUCUCUUUUCACAGAAGAGAGAUCGGACCGAUUUUUAGACUUGGCUGGUCGUCCCGGUAAUGUAAUAUCAGAAGACGAAUGCAAGGCUCUUUUGGCGGUGUUAGUAAACGAUUUGCCAUGGUUUUGCAAGCCAUUGCUUGAGCGGCUGUGUCACUGGGUAUCAGUAGCUCUACAACCUCGUCAUACUGAGAAGAAUGGGCUUACAUUGUAUGCGGUUGCUAACUGUUUCGCUCCAAUUCUACUAAGAGAAAGACACAGUGAACGUUAUCAUGACUUCGAAGAUGCAAGCAUUCGCAAAUAUCCUGUCGGAUAUCAGCAUUGGUCGUCUGUUCGCUCGCGUUUGAUGCCGGCUGAAGAAAAUUCAUUAUCAAUAUUUCCAGAUGAUGACUUGGGUCUCACAUCGUUUGCUCAUGACGUCCGUCACAAAAUGCGCGAUGCAGGCGAAGCUGUUCAAGUGGUUGCGAUGCUGUUCAAGCAACAAGAAUUUGUGCUUCGUGACUUCCGGUCUGACAUGUGCUCGCGUCGUCUAAAGUUGCACGACAAGGUGCGUCGUCUGGAAACGCUUCGGUUUGGUUUGGAGGAGUCACUGGAUAUGACAAAUGAAUGUCACGUCACUUUGCUGAAACGACUUUGGGACGCAUUGUUAGUGCCAGAAGAUGAUGUGGCAGAAGAAUGCGCCUCGAUGCUAGCGACUUCGACAUAUACCGAAAGUCAUGUCGCUGGUGUGAACGUCUCUGCGAUGCUAGCUUCACGACGAUGGAAGUGUAGUGGGUUUCACACGGAAAAUCCGCUUGGAGGAUUUCGUGGUGGAGGCGUGUUAGCCCUCGAAUGUCUUGUAUUUUUCGUGGAAGAAUAUCCAGAGAAGGCGCGGGCAAUGAUGAAGCGCAAUGCAGUGGCAGGCGGCAACCGCUACCCGUUUCCAGUUGCAAGUAUAAAUGUAGUGCGAAUGAUGAUGCGCUUGCUGAUGAUUGACGAGGCUCCUGAUGUGUGCACAAAACUUGUUUUACACUCAGUCGAGACGAACGAAAACACUUCGCCGGCGAUAUCCAUAAAGUUGCGUGUAGCAGAACGUGUCAGUCGUACGCCAUUCUGGCGAGUGUUCGAUGACCCUGAUGCUUUAUUCAAGCUGCAUGCCAUGGCAUUCAUGCUGCUGGACUUCCAUUGGGUGAGCUCUGGGGCAACUCAAAUGGGAUUCCAGCCCGUGCUUGAUGCUACACGACGUCAGAUGGGUUGGUUGCUGGAACAGGCUCCGAUCUCCGUGGAAGAAAUGUGGACAACCUGGAUGAAAGUGCGAGAACUUGACGCAGCCAAAUUUACUGGACCAACAAGCUAUCACAUAAAUCAAGUUGAUUCUCCGGAGCUAAAAUUCGAGCUUGAGUCUCAGCAAAUGUCUUGCAAAUCAUCUGUAAAUUUGAAGGCCAUAGCAACGCAGCCACAAGACCCAACCUUUACUACGCCUGCCGCUGGAUAA